GUGACCUUCAUCAAUCGAUGACUAUUUUCUACCAAUCACAAAGACAUCGGUACUCUAUACCUUAUCUUCGGGGCAUGAGCCGGAAUAAUUGGCACAGCACUCAGCCUACUGAUCCGGGCAGAACUAGGCCAGCCAGGGACCCUCCUGGGCGACGACCAAAUUUAUAACGUGAUCGUCACCGCUCACGCCUUCGUAAUAAUCUUCUUCAUGGUAAUGCCCAUCAUAAUUGGAGGGUUCGGCAACUGAUUGGUCCCCCUGAUAAUCGGUGCCCCCGACAUAGCAUUCCCACGAAUAAACAACAUAAGCUUCUGACUCCUCCCACCAUCAUUCCUCCUUCUACUCGCCUCAUCCACUGUAGAAGCUGGCGCUGGUACGGGUUGAACCGUAUACCCACCUCUAGCAGGCAACCUAGCCCACGCCGGAGCCUCAGUGGACCUGGCUAUCUUCUCACUUCACCUGGCUGGUGUCUCCUCCAUCCUCGGAGCCAUUAACUUCAUUACCACAGCCAUCAACAUAAAACCCCCCGCACUCUCACAAUACCAAACCCCACUUUUCGUCUGAUCAGUCCUAAUUACCGCCAUCCUGCUCCUCCUAUCACUCCCCGUCCUCGCCGCCGGCAUCACAAUGCUACUAACCGACCGAAACCUAAACACCACAUUCUUUGAUCCUGCCGGAGGGGGAGACCCAAUCCUGUACCAACACCUAUUUUGAUUCUUCGGCCACCCAGAAGUCUAUAUCUUAAUCCUCCCAGGAUUCGGAAUUAUCUCACACGUAGUCACAUACUACUCGGGCAAAAAGGAACCCUUCGGCUACAUAGGAAUAGUCUGAGCCAUGCUAUCCAUCGGCUUCCUAGGAUUUAUCGUCUGAGCCCACCACAUAUUCACCGUAGGAAUAGACGUUGACACCCGGGCCUACUUCACAUCCGCCACUAUAAUCAUCGCCAUCCCUACCGGAAUCAAAGUCUUUAGCUGACUCGCCACCCUACACGGGGGAACAAUCAAAUGAGAUCCCCCAAUACUCUGAGCUCUAGGGUUUAUCUUCCUAUUUACCAUCGGAGGACUAACAGGGAUCGUCCUUGCGAACUCCUCCCUAGAUAUCGCCCUGCAUGACACGUACUACGUAGUCGCCCACUUCCACUACGUACUAUCUAUGGGCGCUGUCUUUGCCAUCCUAGCUGGAUUCACUCACUGAUUCCCCCUUCUUACAGGAUUCACUCUACACCAAACAUGAGCAAAAGCCCACUUCGGAGUGAUAUUUACAGGGGUAAACCUAACAUUCUUCCCCCAACACUUCCUAGGCCUGGCAGGAAUGCCCCGACGAUACUCGGACUACCCUGAUGCCUACACACUGUGAAACACCGUCUCCUCUAUUGGGUCCCUGAUCUCAAUAGUGGCCGUAAUCAUACUAAUGUUCAUCAUCUGAGAAGCCUUCUCAGCCAAACGGAAAGUCCUCCAACCAGAAUUAACCGCCACAAACAUUGAGUGAAUCCACGGCUGCCCCCCUCCAUACCACACCUUCGAGGAGCCAGCUUUCGUUCAAGUACAAGAAAGG